GCUUUGGGGCAGCAGCCAGCCUGCCUCGCUGCAUGCGAAAGCGAUGAAGUUACAUUGAGAAACAUGUUUCUAUGGCUGCUGCUGCUCAGGGCAGCCAUAGCCCAGAAGGUGGUACCCAUACCUCGAGCCCAGACGCUCCAGGUAGCCGGCCCCAUCGACGAGCCCACAAGUAUCGAGCUGAGGAGCGCACUCGAGAUUCCGGACGAGGGCGAGGCCCAGCUCCCGAUCAUCGUCGAGCCGCGGGCCGUAUCGAUACAAGGAGACGGCGCGCCGCGGAUCACGCGCGUGGGCACGGACGCGCCGGACGGCAUCUAUUCGUCUGGACAGAAUAUUACCGUCACGUUAUCGUUCACGAGUCCCGUGGAGAUUGUGGGCGAUCCCGACGCGUUAAAGCUCGAGCUCGACACGGGAUGCAAUGACAACGCCUGCGCCAUUCGUGAAGAGCAGUCCUUCACGUGCAAGGCCGACUACGGCGAGUUCGCCCUGACACUUUAUGAUAGUAUAAAGGCGAACGUGUCCUCUACCUUUUCUGAAACGCGGGGCCCGUCCGACCCGAAGAUGUGGGCGCCUUCCGGUACCGCUAGAAACGUCGGUGCUCUAGAUGAUCAAGAAUUAGUCAAGCAGAAGCUCGAGACCAUCGACGGCAUCGAGAACGUGACUGUCUUUUUCGGCGACGAAGACGACCGGGACUACUCCGGUGGUAGGCGAGCCUGCACGUCCAAGGGCAAUUUGAUCGUGAUCACGUUUGAAAGGUGCUCCUACGCGGACCAGUUCGACGGAGAUGUCCCUGAACUGCGGUUAGACGCUACUAAUGCGGUGUUGGAUCCGAGGACCAUGCUGCCGGUAGGUGAUGGUGUCUACUUGACGGGACGGACAGCUGGUAGUACGGUGUUCGUGGAUCCGGUCGCUACGGAACUUACGAAAGGUGUCCGUCGAAGAAAUGGCCUCGCGAAUUAUAUAGGAGGUAACGGUACGGAUACAUUAACUUUUGUGUAUGACGUCAUGCCCGGCGACGCCGCCAAUCCGUUAGAAGCGGUCCAAUUACUCGAUAUUAAUGGAGAUAGUGUGGUCGUUCGAGCAGCAGCAUACCCUUAUGCGCUUAUAGAUGCUUCAUUACCUCCAGCAAGGACCGCAGCCCGAUACUCGUCGGGCACGGCCAAUGCUCUAGGCGCGUCAAAUGAUGUGAUCGUGGACGUCCGUUCACCAUUAGUCGUCGACGUGACCUCACCAGAGGUCGACGGGGAAUACGGCGUCGGGGCCGUCCUGCGAAUCUGGGUGACCUUCGAUCGACAGUUGGCCGUCGGGGGCGAACCGCGCCUGGUCAUGGCGACGGGCGCUUCCAAUAGUUACGCGUUAUUCACGCAAGUCUUGGGGGGAGGGUAUACGGCGGAGUUCGAGUACACGGUCGGCGAGGGCGACGCGAACCAAGAUUUAGAUUACUUCGCUACCAAUUCAUUGUCCGUGGCUUCACCUGGUUAUAUUGUUCGCAAAGCUCGCGAUGUUACCGUGUCUGCAGUUGCGGUGUUAACUCUACCGGAGCCGGGCAAGCCGGGGUCCCUCGCUCACAACAAGAACAUCAUGGUCGAUACGAGCAUACCCUACGUCUUAGAUGUGUCGUUAGCGGGCGAAGUCGCGUCGCGGGACGUGGCCGCCGGCGACGUUUUGGACAUCCAGGUCUACUUUAGUAGAGCGGUGGCGAUCCGAGGAAGACCUCGGUUAUUACUCAGGACGGGCCGGUCACCAGUUUUCAGAGGAGUCGUGGAGACGCCCGUCGGAGAAAACGGCGUGGUCGCCGCGGCACCUCGAGCCUCCGCAGCGGCCGCUAUUCAGAUCGCGUUCACUUUGUCAAUUCCGGCCGUCGUCGGGGAUACGUUGAGGAUCGCGCUCCCGGGCUUCUCGGGCAAUGCGGCCGAAAAUUGUUCGUCCGUCGACGGCACGGACGCGUGGGUCGCCGGUUUUAGCGGUGCGGGUCGCGACGCGGAGCUUUUGUUGAUUGCCGCGCGCGCGUCGCCGGCCCGGACGGCCUUCGACGUGCGCGUGCUGUCGCGGUGCUCCUACCUGACACCAUCAGCCGGUCUGCGGAGCGGCGCAGACGCCGGGAUCUUCGUGAGGGGCACGUUCGCGUCCGGUAUCAUGAAACGCCAUAGGGUCGAUAAUGCGGGCGGCGUCGCGUUGAGUGACGCGUCCGUGACGUACGCUCCCCUGAUUGCGGGCGAACCGACGCAACUCUCACUGACCUUCACGUCGUUAGCGGCCAUCGCGCGCAACGAGACGAUAGAUUUGGUCUUCUCCGAUAGUCUCUUCAUCCCGAACUACACGUUACCCAAGUCCGUGGACCGCAAGUUCUCGUGGGUUGCGAAAAACACGACGGAGCAGGCGCUGGAGGCCGACUCGGCGGACUUCCGCGCGGCGUGGGUCCCGGACCGCGUCGUCCCGCGGCUGCGGUUUCGGGCGGCGCGCUUACUCGACGCGGGGACCUACACCGUCGGCUUGACCUCGUCGAAGGUCCUGGAGCUGCCGGCGGGCGGUCUCCACGCCGACGACGCGCGCAUCACGCUGGCCUCGGACGCGCGCGCGUUGGGCGCGCUCAGCGGCUUCGUACCGACGAGUCCGGCCGUCGGCGCCUUUGGUAGUACUUCAUUGACAAUUACGAGUGAGGAUGGAGGCCGGACGCACGGCGGCGGCCGGUGUCGCAUCUCCUUAAAAUUCGCCCUGGGCCCGGGCCACGCGUCCGCCGGCGACGUCAUCACCUUAGCCUUGGACGUGGCGGGUCCCGACGACGAGGCUUAUAUCGGAGAACCACUUAUUAGUGAGGGAUUUAGUGUAUCAAUCGUGGAGAAUGCCAUCCGGCUGACCGUGCUGAACGACAAUGACAUUGGCGGCGGCGCCGGACGCAUCGUGACGGUCUCCAAUCUGGUCCUGGCGCCGGGGGGCGUCGCCCAAGAUUCAUCGUCCAUAACGUUGACGUCUUCCUCGGCCCACGUGCCGACGACCGCGAUUCCCGUUCUCAAGACCACGGCGGUGGCCGGUAUUAGCGACGUGGCCUGGACCUGCCUCCCGGAACCGUGCUCGUUGGACGUUCCCAGCGAGUGGACCCUCACACUGUCGUAUGGGUCGACGGGAACCAUUUCCAGAAAUUCAACGCUCUCCAUCGGCGUGCCGUUCUUCCGGAGCCUCAACGCCUCGAAGAACGUCACGCUGUACCGAGACGUCGACGCCGUGUCGUUACCGUACAAGGACCACUUCGUGACUACUGAUUUAGGAAGACCUCACGUUUUACGGUUGGCGGCGGCGACGGUCGACGGCGCGGACUUCAACUUCAACUGCACGCUCUACGGGUCGUCCACCAGAGAAGCAAGGAUCGACUUCGUCCCUUUGCGGGACCUGCCGUCGCCCGGGGCCUUGGUCUUGACCAUACCGAGGAAGAGCGGCCUCACGGCGCCGCGACGGGGCUUGCGGCCUUCCGAUCUGUUGGAAGUGUCGGGCAACGCGCCGGGCUUUGAGUUCGGCGACGCCGUGCCAGCAACGCCCUGCGCCGGGCUCUGUGCGACGUCCUAUACCUGGUCCGCCACCCGAGGCAACGAGACCCUCACGGCUACGCUUACAUUCACCUACGUCGGUGCAGUCGAGAAGGGCGACGCGCUGCGGGUGACCUUACCCGGUUUCAAGAGGGAAGCGGAACUCGUCGUCAAGUUAGGAGACUCCUCCACGUUGGUUCAGGUCCAGAGCUGGUCGUCCGACGACGUCCUUACGCUGGUCUUCACCGCAGCCGUUUCACUGACGGACGCCGGGACCACGUUACAACUGAUUGGCUUCCGGGGCCCGACACGAGGUAUCGUACAGAACCAGAGGAACUUCACGCUCCAGUACAACAUCUCGGCCAUCACCGCCGACUGGUCGGAGGCGAGAGCCGUCGAGACGGUGCCGCCGAUGGAGAAGGCCGCGGUCGUCACGAAUUUGCGGAUGGCGUCAUUAAAUGCGUCGUCCACGAAGCAGUACCUCGGCUUUCGAUACGGAAGGCCCCUCUCGUCGGGCGAGGCCGUGACGGUCGUUUUUAGCGGAGGCUUCACGGGCAAGCCCUUCAUCGGCGAGAACACCACAGAAAUCACCAGACAAGGCGGGCCGGACCCGUAUUCAUUCAGGGUGGCGAGCUGGGACCAAGCGACGGAGACGUUGGUCCUAAGGUGCAACCAGGACAUCCCUGCCGAGGAGGACGUCUACGUCAAUAUUACGAAUCUGAACGCACCGUCGACGGGCGUGCUUCCCCGGUUAAGGCAGGGCAUCACGUUAUCUACGGACGAAGACUUUGGCACCUUGGCGUUCCGAGGCGUGAAGGUCGGGCGGCCGAUCCUCGUCGCGUCGCAGGCGGCGGUCACGUGGGUCGAGGACGAGCUGGGACGGCAAGAAGCGAGGAGGGACGUCGGGCGGCCCGGCGAGAGGGUGGUGGCGGACCUGUCCGUCCGGCUCGACGGCGCCGACCUGCGGCACGGCGACACGAUGGCGUGGUAUUUGCCUAGGUUGCACGUCCCCGACUGCUGGGCCGACGUCUGCGGGCUGUACGUGAACGCGACGUCGGCUCGGGUCAACGUCACGGCCAACUACGACCUGACGACGGAAAUUGUCACCUUAAAUAUUUUGGGCAAUAUUACGGCGGGCGCGCACCGCACGUUUAGGGUGGGCCGCGUCGCCGUCGACCGCAACCUGACCGAUACCAUAAUUCCGGGCGUGCGGAACCGGACGCUGGCCCUCCCGUCCGACGGCUGGCCGUCGUCGCGCGCGGCCCAUGUCACGAUCUCGAGCGGCGACGAUUCCUGGGACACCAUAGACCAACUCCCCGUGACCGUGCCUUGUGCCGGUUUGUGCGCCAGUGCCCUGUCCUUCGAAGAGCCUAGAGCAGGCGCGCCCACCUCGGUCGCCAUCCAGUGGUCUACCUCCUUCGCGCCCAAUUCGGGCGACUCGUUCCGCGUCUCCUUCAACGGUGGUGCUGACGCGGACUGCGGCGUUUUAAUGAAUGAGGGCGAUUGUAUACGAAGACUAAGGGCGGGCGGCGGCCGGUCCAAAACGCCGUUGCAAAUCGGCGGCGUUGAUGGAAGGAGCUUCGCGGGGACGUGGAUCGCCAACACGUCGUCCGUCCAGCUGAUGACGACGGACUAUGGGAUUGCCUCCUCCAAGCGAAGCUUCUCCAUCAUCGUCGAGUACGGCUCGUACCUCGCCUUACCGGUCGCUGGCAUACCUCAGAACGACGCCUCGAUCAGUCUAGGCUACAAUUCCAGUAGAGCGGGAAGUACGCCAUCGUCAUAUCUACCGUUCCGGGGCGUGGGCACCGUGCCCUCUUCCUCGUCGCCGCGGUCGGACUGCGCCUUGCCGUGUUUUACAUUCCUAAGUCGGGACGUGUCGCCCGGCAGUGUCACGGUGAUCCGCGUGAUCUUCGCCUACGGCGACGCUUUGGCAGAAGGAGAUUUACUGAAUGUUUCGCUGCCGGACUUCUUCCGCCUGGGCUUCUGGAAGUCUGGGGCGUUCAGUGUGUCGCACGGCCACGCCGGUACGUGGGACGCUACAUCUCAUAUCGUUUCUGUCACACUCGGCGAAGCAUUCGCUGCACGUAAACCGAUCGAGUUCAACAUCACGGGCCUGCACCUCCCAACUUCACCAUUACUGGAGAACGACGAGCGGCUGCGCGUCUCGGUCGACGGCGCCGCGACGGCGCACACGUCCGUGAGCGCGGCGUCGUCGCCGCCCGUCGGCGUCCUUGAAAGUUCUUCACUGCAUUGGGUCAAGCCCCGCGUCGCGACGACGGUCGGUUCCGGACUCAAUGUCACCAUAAGGGCGUCGUGCGCCUUAGUAGCGAACGACCGGCUGAUCGUGGAGCUUCCCGGGUUCAGCGCCUCUGGUAGUUCAAUACCGCUCGAUGAUGAUAUUUGGGGGUCCUCGGCGGCCUGGGAUUCACAAAGGUUGACGUUCACGCUGCAGCAGGAUCAAGUGUAUGGUGACCUCACCGCAUCAAUAAAAGAAGACGCCCUGCUGAAGCCGUCUUCAGUGGCCUUUGCCUCGGCCGAAUUUAGAAUGAGGAUCGAGGCGCGGGACUGCCCCACGGGCUGGAGCCACGCCAAGAGCCCGGGCGUCGGCCUCGCGGAUGCAAGAGUAGCGGCCUUCUCCGCGCCGUUCGUGCGCGCGGGCGAAGAAGCGGACGUCGUUUUGAGGUUCGACGCGGCCGAGGCGCCUUUAGUGAAUGGGGACUCGGUGACGUUCAAGCUGCCCGCGUUCACUAAUACUACGGAAGUGAGUAUACACAGAGACGACCCGGCUCGAAGGCGGCUGAGCGACGACACGUGUGCGUUGGACGGCAGCGACUACGACUACCAGGAACGCAUCGACACGAAGGCGCGCUACGUGUCCACGUCGCACUGCCCGAACCACGUCCUGGGAGAAGGCACUUCAGUGAACAAGCUCCCGGCGACGUACGCUUUCCCCCUAUAUCCAAAGUACGACCCGAACAACCCGACGGACCUAAGCGAGCGCGCGGGCGCCAUCGGCACGUUAUUUAACGGCGCCAUGCUCCUGUCGGGCUACGGCGGGUCGACGCCGGCCGUGAGCUACCAGACGUCGGCGCCCUAUUUGUACGGAGACACCUUCGACGCCUGCGGGUGCACGGUGCGGGAACAGACGUUGGUCGAGGACCUGCACCCGGAGACGAUGCUCCCGACCUACGGCUGCCACGGCCCGCCGACGUGCUUGCUGCGGCAGCUCGACGCGCAGACCUACGCGCACUCGCCGCAGGUCGGCUGGGCCGCCGACGGCUUUCCUGUGUAUGGGCCGCGGGGAGAGCAUGGCACAUUAAUGAAGGCCUGCGGUUCAACGAUAGACGGCCCCUGCCUCGACGCGUGCGGCGGCUACUACGGCCCGUCGUCCCAGGACGAGUAUGUCUAUAGAUACCAUACGACGGGCGAGGCCCACGAGGCCAACACCGAGGCCCAGUGCGCGGCGCCGAACACGUAUGGAUCAGAAUUCUACCCCUUCACGCCGGCGUGCCUCGCGGGCUGCGUGCCCGACGAGCUCAUAACGUCGUCGUGCCCGGACUGCGCGUCCUCGGGGUACGUCCAGACCUGUUCUUCGAAUGCCGUUGAUGGCUUCACGUCACUGUUCACACCGAACGCGACGCGGUUCGGUGCGUCGAAGAAGCUAUCGACGGACACGAGCUACUGCAGCACGGGAACUGGCGUGGUCUUAGACGACCCGUCACUUAAGGUAAAGUGGAACGCGCCCUACCUCAAGUUAACGAUUGACGAGGCCUUCCCGACGGCGUCGCAUGUCCUCGCGACGGUGCGCGGUUUAACACUACCGGAAGAUGGCAUCGAUGGCCCCUACGCGGGCGUGACCGUUUCCGUGAAUACGGCCGCGACGGGCCCAUUAUCCGAAACGGCCGUGGAGAGCGUGCCCGUCAUCGCGGCGCUGCACCACUCCUCACUAGAUCUGGCCGAGCCCUUCGCGGGCGUCGCCACACGAUUAAAACUGCAGAUGAACUUUUCUGUGGACGUGCCCAAGGGUUCACGGUUACAAUUAACUUUGCCUGCAUUCAGCAUUGACUCGGCAACCUCUGAAUCUGACAUAUUAGAUUACGAGGGCUCGACGGGCGACGUCCACACCUUCGGCUUUGGUAUGGCAGUCGACAAGCGCACCCUGGUUGAGUUAUCAGUAAACGGCACGGUACCCGUAGAAGGCGUCGACGGCCUGGGUGACCACGGCUGCAUGUUAACCAUGAGUGCUGUAGGCCUGGACGCCACGCCCAUUCAACACGUCGAGUCGGCGCCCGGUCUAGUUGGUAGUGUCUCGAUCAGCUUUGGGAGUUUAGACUUCGGGUUCGCGCGCAUCGAACGCGGCGACGGGCUCAAGGUGCGGUUCCCGCCGUCGACGUACGGCGACGCCGACGGUCUGACGAACGCGGACGCGGGCACGCAGUACCGCGUGGGCGGCGCGCUGAUGACCGUGGCUUCUAUACAAGGUGAUGUUAUCACCUUCGCGCCGCCGCACGACUUUAAUGAGACUUCUGUGGUCGUCGCGACGAAAUACGACGAGUACGGUUUAGCAAGAGAAGCCGGUCUCGUGGAUGUCACGACGCCGGGCUUCCGGCCGGCCUACUACUACGCGGGUGAUCGGACGUCGGCGCUCAUCUUCCGGUACCGGGUCCGGCGGGGUGAUUUUAGCGAUGAUUUGGACUACCUCGCGCUCAACAGUUUGGGCUGCCCCGGGCCCGCGCGGCAGUGGGCCCUGACGCAGGGCGACGGCGAGGAGUGCUACAUCCGACGCGAUUCGCCGCGGCCGACGGGCGCCGUGAACCUGGAGCUGCGGGCGCCGGGCGAGGUCGGGUCGUUAGCGUACAACGCGCGCAUUAAAGUGGACACGACGCCGGCGAACGUCACGAACAUGAGUACCGCGGCCGCUCUAGCGUGCCACUGGCCCGCGUACUUCGCGUCCGAGGGCUACGCGUCGACGGCGGCGGCGUGCGUCUAUGGCAAAGGUCAUUUACUGGACAUUACGGUCGCGUUCGACCGUCCCGUGAGCGCGGACGUGGCCGGUGCCGUAGCACAGUACAACAGGUCCAUAGCACAAGGCAACAUCACAGUGACGCGGAAUUACGCGGUCUUCGCGCCCGCUUAUCUAGCGGCCAAUGUCGAACUGGACAUCACGACGUCUACCACGAGGCCGGCGACGGCCUUCUACGCGUCCGGAAGCGGGACCAAGGACCUGCAUUUCGUCUACGACAUACGGGAGGGCGACUCCAACGAGGGGGACCUCGACACGGUACCGACCGUCGACGGGAGACGCGCUCUACAGCCGGGCUUCGGGGGCAUCGUCGGUUAUUUGAGGUCGUCCUCGGCAUCGCCCGAAACGGAUAUUAAUUAUGACUCCGUCCCGGAGCCCGGGGCCUACAACUCGCUGUCCGCGUCGCCGGGCCAAGCGCGCGUCAUCGUCGACGCGAACGCAGCCAUCAUCACGGCCAUCGAAGCGCCCUCCAGAACGUACUCGCCGGGCGACAACCUGGAUAUCAAGGUCACGUGGAGCGAGAAGAUAGUCCCUCCCAAGAACUGCUCCGGGAGCCAUUUCAUGCUCUGGUUGGACCUGGCGAACGACCGAUUAGCAGCGGAACUGGGCGCGCCGAAGUACGUGCCCUACGGCGCGCAGGCCCUGCCGCACAACGGCUCGGCGACGAGAUCACUUAUGUUUAGAUACGUUGUGCGAGUGGGCGACGAGUCGGAACGGCUCGAGACUGCCUGCGUGCCCUGCGCGUCCGCUGUUGUAGAAACGGCCGCAUUGUGGGCCAACGCGUCGUGCAACCCCCUGACCCUUUCCACGAACCGCCCCGCGUCGCUCAUCCUACCGCUACGAACGGACGACGGCACGCUCGGCAAAUCAUCGAACGUCGUAGUGACGUCGGCGAUGCCGAAGAUCCUGAAGGUCGACGCGGAUGCCAGCGACGUCCAGACGGCACCCCUCGCGGCGGGCGACAUGUUACGAGUCUUCGUGCGGUACGACGCCGCGGUCGUCGUGGCCGGCGACGUCGCGUUUGCCGCGACCAGACCCUACCUCGACGAGGCGCCGCGCCUAGAGUUAACGAUAGGCGACGGCCAGGACUCGCCCUUCCGCGGCCAUGAUCGAGCCCACCGCUUGAUCAGCGCGAGGUACGCGGCGGGCUCGGGGACGUCUAUCAUCCGCUUCGACUGCGUGGUGCGGGCGCCCCUGGGCACGGUCCGGGCGGACUACGACACGUCCUUUAGUUUGAAGGGGUCCAUGUGGCGGCUCUCGGACAGACCUGUCCUCGAGGCGAACACGACGUUACCCGCGAGGGGCGGCCCGAUGUCCCUCGGAGGGUUCGGGGUGGGCUUGUUCGCCCUGUCGGUGAAUACACGAAGACCGGAAGCCCUGAAGGCGUCGUUAUCGAGACAGACGGGCGUCCAUUCGCAUCGACGCCAGACCCUAGAUUUGAUCAUCCUGCGACGGUGGGCUGCUCCCGACACGCCACCGUCAAUCACAGGAGGGUCGUUUAGAGUAGCUCUCGGGUCCGUCCUGGAGACAGACCCUUGCAUUGAAGCUUCGAAUGCGUCCGCAGCCACAAUCCAAGCGGCCCUCGGCGCCACGCACGGCCACCUCGCGCCGCGCGUCUCCGAGCAGCCCGUGCGACGUGGUGAUGGAUGGCGCCGUCGUUUUAUCGUAGAGACGGGCGCCGGCGGCCACGCUCUGCUGGAAACAGAUAUUUGUGUGGAGCUACGGUGUUCAGAUAUAAAGGGCGGCCUGAAGAGAAAGGACGCGGACCAGACGAACGAGACGUGCGCGGUCGUCGAAGCGAAUGCGGAUGGAGCCUUUAUUGGUGGUUCAUCAGUGGACGUCGACGUGGACUAUGCUGGAUACCCUCUGACGGGACGCGGCGGCCUCGCCGGCGCAUUAAGCGACGGCGGCUACAUGACCCGGAGCGCGGGCUCGCUCUUCCAGACGAUCGAUGUUGGGGUGGACGCCUCGACGCAGAUGACGGGCGGCGCCUUCCAGCUGCUCUACGGGAGCGCGAGGACGGGCUGCAUCCAGUACGACGCCGGCGACGGCGGGACGAGAUCGGUACGAAACCAGCUCAACCAGUUGGCCGAGGUGCGGGCUAUUGGUGGUGUUAGGAAGGUCUUGACCUACGCACGAGCGAACGGGUAUAGAUUUGUCGUCGAGUUCGCGGCGGCGCACUGUAGUCCCCUGAAGCUGCGGCCGGCGGUCGAUCGGGUGGGCGAAGAAUGUGAUCUUCUAGAUCCGCCGGACGCCCAGGUCGUUAUCGACGCCGAGGAGGUCAUUACGUUAAAGCGAGACGCGCAGCCCGGGUCGUCGUUCGUUCUGAAAGUGGUCAACGGCUCGAUCGCCGCGAACGAGACGCUGUCCAUAAGCAUACCGAGGGUCGCCACGCCGGUCUACGGCGUCGGCGUGUCCGGGGCGACGUCCUUGCGACCGCGCGUGUGGUCAGCGAGGUCGCCCUACGCUCGGCUCCGGACGGGCGCGUCGCGAUCCGAUCGCGCGGUGAACUGGACGUCGGACACGCCGGACGCGUCGCCCGUGGUCCCGGCCUACGUAGCGUUGAAACCCGCUUUACUGGCCUUCGUCGGCGCCGCCGUGCGCUUCGAGCCCGCCCUGCCGGGCGCGGCGACGUCCAUCGACGUGUCCUUCGCGCCGUCGGAACAGCUGUUACCGGGCGACGUCAUUACGUUGAGGCUGCACCCCCGGGCCGGUGCGUACGGAGGUAUGUGUAGAGGCUGCAUCCUGGGCAACGCGACGGACGGCUUCGGGUUCGUUAGUGCAUCCGUGGAGAAAGGUUCAAUGAUAGUCAACGCGACGGUUGCUCGGACGGUCGCCGCGCUGACGUACGUACGCUUCGUGCUCGACGCGAACAACAGUUUGACCCUCCCGGCGACGGCCGUCUACAGCGUCGACGAUUCGGGCGGUUGGCUACGGAGGGAUGAAAGAAUGCCGAAAUUCAGAAAUGCGUCCUUCGACGCCGCCACUUUAGAAUUUGACGGCCGAGGCAUCCGAGCGGACGCCCAGCCCGUCGAGACCUUGAAGGGCUCGGGCCUGGCCUGGGCCUCGCUGUCUUUUUCUGGAGGUGCCGCGACGCCCGGCGCCCCGACGGGCAUCGACGUGUCCUUCGGCGUCGCCGCGCCCAUCCAGUUAGUGGAGUCCCGCAACCGGACGCUGCCAAGGAGACGCGUCUCCGUCGACGCGAAGAUCGAGUGGAGAUAUCGACCACCGAUGCAUAUCUACGGCGAGGUGCGGCUCGUGUUACCGGGGUUCUUGGAUCCAAGGGAACGGGCGGACAUCCUGAGGAGCGGCUCGGACGAUUCGAGGGAUCUCAUACUAUCGGGGAGAGACGCGGCCUACUUCAUCGGGAGGUGGGGCGGUUUGAGGGAGAGGGACUGGGAGUGGGAGACGACGGACCAGACCUCGGAGAACAACGCGACGUUGAAUGGGACCCUCUCCCUCUACGCGCUGGCGCCGUUGGUACCUAGACCGCAAGGGUACCUGGUGACGGUCGACGGUUUAGCUGCCCCGGUGGACAUCACGGCGGCUUCCCGGAAGCAGUUCGAGGCGUCUCUGUUAGAUGCGAAUGAGGACGUGCUCGUCGCCAGCACACCGUUAGCUGAUGGUGGGCCUAGAAUGAACGCUUUAGAAAGCGCACAGCUCGUCCUCGACCCGUCCGACGCGGUCGGCGUCGUCGUCGCGCUGAAUUUGAGUUUUAGCUUCGUGCGGACCGUGGCGCCCGGCGGGCGCGUGCGCUUGUUUUUGCCGAACGUGCAGGCUUGCUCGUCGCAGGACCCGGCGCCCCUGGUAUCGAGCGACGGCAUCUGGUCCCUCGACGAAAUCCGAAGCGACGACGAGGGGUCGACACUCCUCUUCGCGCCGGCCGUCGAGGCCACGACCGCGUCGGGUCUAGAAGUCGGGCGUUCGGCGGGCCUCCGCGUCAUCCGGGAGCUGGGCAUCCCGGAGGACGGGCCCAAGCUGUCGAUGAUUGACAUCGAGUACGGCGCGCCGCUGGCACCGACGUGUCUGGGGGGUGCGUGCGCGCCGCUCAAGCUCCGGAAAAACAAACGAAGUUUGUUCGUGGGCAUCGGCGCGCUGAACGCGUCGCUCGCCUACACGCGGCCGUGCUGCGCGUUUGAUCGAGACGCGGCCCCGCCGGCGCCCGGCAGCGACGCGCGCGUCGAGCUCAAUUUUACGUAUAGUAGUCCCCUCGUCGAAGGCGAUGUCUUGGAGGCGCGCCUCGGGGGCUUUGCUGCAUUAAACAGCACGGUGACGAUCGAGGAGCACUACUUUGGUGAAGACGAGGACAGCUGCGAGUUUCAGUUAGGUUUCAACGAAACCGCGGGAUGGGCCAACAGCACGCUGACGCUGCUCGUGACGCGGGGCUGCGCCGCGAGCCAGCCCGGCGGCAUCUCCAUAAGAGGUCUGACGAUGCCGACGUCGUCCCUACGCUUCGACGAGCCUUUCAUCACGCUGGCGUGCCCUCGUUGUAAAACGGCGCGCGCGCGGCCGGCGCCCAUCAAGACGCCGGGCUACGGGGUCGCCUUCGCCCAGGCGUUCGUGACCGCGUUGGAUGGAGGCCGCGCGAAGGCGGGCGACACCGCCAGGGUCGUGCUGACGGCGGCCUUCUCCGAAGAUGGUUUGGCGGGGGACUACAUCGAGUUCUCCGGUUUGGAUGGACCUGGCUCCGAUGGAGGACUGGUGGCGGACGUGGCUCCAUCGACCGUAACGUUGCACUGGUACGCUUCUCGAAAGAUGGUCCGAAUGACCCUGAACGGACGCGUCGCGAAGAAGGCGCCCAUCGAGGCCGUCAUCGAGACAGAUCUCAAAGUGCCUGCGACGGGCUUAGCUCUCAGAGCCAACCUCGAGGACUCGGUCUGGAGCCCCGGCGGUGUGAGCGAGUGGCUCGCGGAUCCCGUCAAAGUGCACGCGGCUUUGAAUCAGAAGAUCGGUGCGAUUCAAGACGAUUAUGGUUAUGAUAUAGGAAACGUGGCCUUGGAUAACGUCGAGCACAACCCGACCGCCGACACGACGCCCGUCGGCGCGCUCCUCAAUGGGACGCUCGACUUUGGCGCAGACGCGAAGGCCGGCGCGCCGUCAGAUAUUGAUAUUCUCCUCCAGUUCGUCGCGCCGCUCGUCGAGCACGACGUCAUUACGAUCGACUUCGGUUCCGCGUCGUCGACGGGCGUUUCGACGACCGAGGUGCUCGGUGCGGACGCCGACAAGGUGGCCGCAUCGAUAGCGGGUCCUCUGGCGACUUUCACGGUCCUCCAAUCCGUCAAGGCGGGUGCAUUCAUACGACUCACAAUCCCGGCGACGGCGGGCCUCGGCCCGCCGUCGACAGGAAUUGAGGACGACGACGUCGGCGCUCAUGUUUCGGUCGAGGCGGCGCACGGCGCCGUCGCCGCCACUUUGCUGACCGUGCGGCGGCCCGUCUGCGCGUUAUCCACCGGAUCGCUUGAGAUCGAAGGCGCCACGGCCCCGGAGCCCGGGACCCUGCGCGACAUUUUACUAGACCUCAAACUGACGCGGGCGGCGUCUUCCGGUUCGCGCAUCGAAGUACGCCUGCCCAACUACGCGAACCACACGGCGACCUACGCCGAGAUGGACGACGGCAACGUGACGCUCGAUCGGAUUCUGAAUGGGAACCACACGGACUCCUACCUCCGCAUGUAUAUCAGACCGUUCGUGCCCCUUUCCACGAUUAAGGUGGCGCUGUACCAGGUCAAGCUCCCGUCCGGAUCGUCGUACCUCGACCAGCAGGACUUCGUCUUGAGGAUAGACGACGUCAAUUCAGAAGGAUGCGCGCUGCGGGAGUUUGUGCCUUUGUCCAGCGUCGAACCCAUCGGUCUCUCGUCCUCUGCAUUAAGCUACGACGACGACGCGCGCGUCGGGGAAGUAUCAGCGUUCGAGCUCAAGUGGGCCUACGGCCAGGCCUUCUUCGGGGGGAAGAUCAAGUGGCGCCUGCCGGGCUGGACCCUCGACGGCCGAAACAACCGGACGGGCACGGCGCGCGUCUUCGCCGGACGGGCCACGGCGCUCGCGAACGUGUCCUUCGACGUCGACGACCAGGUCUUAUAUCUUGCUAAAUUACCGAGGGCUCGGAAAGCGCAGACGGAGUUCGUCCUCAAGAUGCCGGCCCGCUUCGGCUUGAAGCCGCCCCGGUCGGGCGACGGCGCCGGCCCGAGCGUCUCGUAUCAGAUACGGGACAAGUCCGCGGCCUUCACGCCGGUGCAGCGCAUGGCCGUGCGCCUCCCGGCCGUCCACUUUGCGCAGCUCGCCUUCCACGCGCCGCGCCCGGUCGUCGGCGACGCGUCGGGCUUCACGCUCACGUGGAACACGUCUACGGAAAGCGCCAACAACGGCUUCAUCCUGAAGGAUGGAAUCGUACUGUUAUCCCUACCGGGCUGGCUGCCGCGGGGCGCCGCGGCCGCGGCGCUGGCGUCCCGGGCGAGGGCUCCGUUAAGUAUAGGCGGUCUGGAUGGCGCGAACUUCAGCGCCGUCCUCACGGGCGCCGCGGCGCUGGAGCUGACGGCGAAGACCAAUUUGAGGCAGCUGAACUAUGAGAUUAUCGUCCCGUCGGACGUCGUCGCGCCGGCCUACGGCCUGAGUUCGUACAACGACGUCGCGCUGCACCUGGCGCCGCGGGGCGCCGCAUCGACAAACGAGAGGGACUGGGUCGCGUCCGUCGACGUGCACUUCCCGACGCCGGUCUGUUCGUUGGUCGACGCGGUCAACGCGUCCGUCUGGAUCGGCCGGGGCGCCGUCGACACGGUCAUGGAGCGGUUCGACCUGGCGGACACCUUCAAGAAUCGUGCCUUCGCGAGGACCCCCGCGGCGGCCGACGUUCGUGCCUCUUCGCUGGCCUACGACGCGACGUCCUUCCGGAUACGUCGGCCGACGGGCGCCGACACGUCCAUCAGCAAGGACCUCCCCCUCAAUGUCUACGUGCAGUUCCGGCUGUCCGAGGACUUGGCCCCCGGCGACGAGGUCGAGGUCUGGCUGCCGCGCUUCCGGCUGUCGAACCCCGACCAGCUGAUGCCGUGGGUCCCCAUCGACCGGGGCCUCCCGGUCGACACGCGGUGGCAGGCCCAAUUCGUGAGCGUCGCGUCCAGCUCUUUAAGCGCGGCGCGGCCGCGCGAGGGCGAGUUCGGGGUCGUCUUGAGGCUGAACGCCACGGAGGGGUUGCCGCGCGACGGCUUCGCGGCCGUCGCGGUCGCCACGGCUUUGGAAGGCGGUGUGGACCUGCUCCCGCCGGAGGACCGCCUGCGGCCCUAUCGGGCGGAAGGCCUCGACGACCGCGUCACGCUCUCGUCGACGUCACCAAACUGCCCGCUGCCGCCGACCGUAUUACGGGGCGCGCCGCGCUUCGGCCUGCAGGGGGCCUCCGUCGACAUUUAUGGAUAUAGUGGAGGCGCGCGGGACGCGUCGAUCGGCAUCCCGGGCGAGCCCGCCAACGCUUUGUUGGAUACGGCGCCCUCAUUAGAUACUUCCGUGGAACUAGCGCUGACCUUCGACAGUAGCUGCGAUUUGACGGAAGGCGAUGCCAUCACGUUCUCGCUGCCAGCCUUCCGCGGGGCCGACGUCGCCGACGAGGCCAAGGUCGACUACGCCGGGGCGGACGCGGCGAAGCCGCGCCUGCCGUCGGCGACCUUCGACUUCGCCUUCACGGGCGGCGGCACGGACCAAGCCAAGGUCGUCCUCACGGCGUCGUCGCACGCGGCCGCGGGACCGCGCACGUUGACGCUAGGUGCUUCUUAUGGUUUGAGACCGCCGCCCCAGGGCCUACCGCGGGGCCCCGUCGGCCUCACGGCGACCAUCUCCAGCAAUUGCACGGGCGGCGCAUUGAAUCCCGUGCCGCUCGACGCCGCCCCCUCCUACGGCACGUUCUCGAACGCUUCCCUAGCCUUCGAGCCGUCGACGGCGAAUGCCCUGGCGACGAUGGUCCUCGAGGUGGCGCCCACGUCCUCCCUGGAGCCGGGCGACUCCUUGAAUGUCUGGGUGCCCGGCUUUAGUUUCACGGCGCCCCUCGGCGGGUCGCUCGACGACGUCGCCUUCGCCUCGUCCUCGUCCGCGGAGUUGCGCGUGCAAUACGUCGAGGGGAGCUUCGGGAGCGUCGAACUAGGUGCCCUGAAGGUCGCGGACGGGGGCUACUUGCGACGGGAUUCCGACGACCCGGAGACGCCCGCGGGCCUGGAAUCCAUGCGCGCGAAGGUCAACGAGGCGCUUGCUUCAUCACAAUUGUACGAAGAGACGCCGCCGCAAAUACUGGACGUACGGGCGGCGUUGUACGCGGCGCCCGGCGGCGGCGACGACCAGAGCGCGCUCCGCGGUACGAGUAUCUGCGCGGGCGAACUCAUCCCCAUCUUCGUCGUUUUUGAUAAAGAUGUGUCCGUGUAUGCGUCCUCGAGAACGUCGCCGCCCUACGCCCUGGAAUUAGAUGUUGGCAACGGUAGAACGGUAUUAGCGCCGCUGUCGACGGGCGUCCACGGCUGGUCUACGACGAAGAAUCUGGGGAGUAGAUAUUUGAGGUUUGACUACGUGGUCGGCGAAGGCGACUACUCGAAAGAUUUAGCGCCGAUCCACACGCAAGCUUUAGUACGAGACCCCUUACAACCGACGGCCGCGAUCAGAAGAGCCGUCGGCGAGGAAGUAGAAGUCCCGGGGCUGCCGGGCCUGUACUACAUGCCCGACGCGUUCCGGACGCCGGUCAACGCGAACCUGAGUCUGCCCAUCCUUGGGCGGCUAGCUAGAGAUGCGGCCGACGACGCGGCGUUCGGCCGGAGGCCCCUGCAUGUGGACGGGCGGUUCGACGUGAGCGUUGUUUCGGUGGCAACAGCGAAGAACAUGAGCACGGCGGAGUGGCCCGUGUUUGGUGCUGGUGAAAUCUUGGAUAUAGAUAUCACGUUCGAUCGAGACGUCGAGGUCAACGGUGUGCCCACGCUAAACAUCCAGGGCGGCGGCGUCGCCUAUUAUACGAGAGGCGGUUCCGUACAAAUCGUCGACGUCGGGGUAAGAGCGGUACCGGCCAUCCAGAGCGGCGCGUGGGAACUUACGUACGGCCCUCUCACGGCCGGCUGUUUAGACUGGGACGCGACGGCGAAGGACGUCCAGAAUGCCCUGGCGAAGAUCGGGGUCUUCGUGUCGAAUAAUUAUGAUCCGGACAACGCCCCCGCGGUUUUACGAUCCAUCGAGUCGUAUUCGCUGGGAGGUGGGAGAAGGACGGUCUUCCACUUCCACCCCGACGCGGCCGCGGCCGCGAUUGAGGUGGCGACGCGGCCCUUCUGCCUUCCCCUGAGUCCCAACUCGCCGGGUGCCACAGCAGCUAGGGCACCCUCACCAGUAGCUACCUUCCGCUACCAGACGAGGAAGGCCGACGCGUUACGGUAUCUAGCCAUUAAAUCAGAGGACGCCCUGGAAUUGCAUGGUGUGUACGUGAAGGACGAGUACGUGCCCGACGAGAUUUUAGCGAGGACGACGUACUCGAGGCGGCCGGCCUCUCUGGUUCUCCCGGAGGCCACGUGGGACUUGGAAGUUUCCAAAAUCGCGGUCAACGGUUCCGAGGCAUCGGUAAUAGACCUCUCGACGGACGCGACGCAUCCGCUCGAGGCGGGCGACGAGGCGCACGUGAUCGUCAUCUUCGACGCGCCCGUGUUCGUCGACGAAGACGCGUUUGAUACGUUAAAGCUCUCGGUCAUGGUCGACUCGGCCUUCGGGGUGUCGUUGCCCGAGUUCGUGACGCGCGUCUGCUCCUAUAGGAAGGGCAACGGCACGGCCUCGCUCUAUUUCAAUUUUUCCGCGGUCGAGGGCGACUCGGCCGUCGCGGUGCGCGCGGAGGCCGACGCCCUGGUGACGACGGGCUGGGUUAGAAGACGUGCUCUGCCGGUGGCGACGCAGAGUGUAGAUUUGAGGGUGCCCUCCUACAAGGGCUGGCGAGAAAUUUUAUCUGUUGAUGGAACCAAACCAGCAAAAGUUAUGACCGUGUACAGUGUCGACCCCAUUGAAGCGUUAUAUGAGCCGGUGAUGCUCGGGUCCGGUGAUCUCCUCGUCAUAGCCGUACGGUUCAACAAGAAGGUGAAAUUUGGACGCGCGGACGGGUCGCCGGUCGAACCGACCGAAGAACGCUUCGGGGACAAGAGCGACUGGCUGCAUCUGACGCUGCGGACGGGCCGCAUGCUCAACGGCACGACGUGGGUCAACGGCACGUACAACGAAAAUGGCACGAAGGCGCAGCCCUACGCCUGGCUCCAUGAGUAUGAUGGAAACGGUACCAAUACUUUAUAUUUUAAAUAUAUAGUGCAGCCGGCGGACAACUGGAACGACGGCUACCUGAACUACGCCGGGAUGCAUUCGUUGGAGCUCGGCGAGGGGGUUAUACUGGAUACGGACGCGGUCUCGGGAUAUGGGGAAGCGAAUAUCGAAUUAUGUCCCGCUUGUGCCUCAUCAAAAGCAUUAAACGUGUCGUCGAUGCUUAUUAUCGAUACGGUGUCGACGCCGCGCAUCAUCGAUGCGUAUGGCUCCACCGCCUUAAUAGACCCUCUGAUCGAGGACGACUCGGAAGCGCUGAAGAACGCCUCGGAACGGGCCGAAUUCUACCGGCGGGCCGCCAUCGACGGGUUGCGGGGGCCCGUGCGGGCCUACGACAAGAAAUGGAAGGAGCUGAACUACGAGCCCGUGACCUAUACCGUCGGCGACGUCGUGCGACUCGAGGUGGACUUCACGGCGGGAGUCAGCUGGCUGGCCGAGGAAUCGCCGCCGCCUCGCUUAUACAUCGACGGACUCGUCGGUCGGUACCGCGAAUUACAGGACCUGUUCCCGGACGACUACACGUUCGCGAAGUACGUCUCGGGCAACGGCACGAGGUUCCUGCGCUUCGAGUGGGAGGUGCCCGACGAGAACCCGCUGGUCCACGCGCCUCUGCCCUCGACCGGUGUGGGGAGGCUCGGGUAUCGCGGCGUGCGCGCGCUCGUCGAUUCUAACGUGAAACUACGUCGAGCGGCCUUCGGCGACGCCUUCCUCGGAACGCCUCUGAUCCGGAAUCCCGAGCUAGGGUUGUUGUCGAUGUACCUGCCGCCCUCGGAGAAGUCGCCCCUGGAGCACUACUACGAGAUUCGCAUCGACGGGGCCAAGCCGAAAAUUAUAGAUGUCAAAUUAUCAAAGCACUCGUCGAUGGUGCGAGAUGCGGGAUUAGCGGUGGGCGUCAGUGCCUUUACGACGGGCGACACCAUAGACAUCACCGUCGUCUUCUCUGCGGCUGUUGUGGUUGAGGGCGUGCCGACGCUCCUCCUAAAUGCGAGGGGCGGCGAGCCGCGGUCCACGGAUGAAGACCCGCCCUACGCUUAUUAUUUAAGUGGUUCGGGGACAAAUGAGCUGACCUACAGGUACACGGUGAUUCGAGGCGACGACGUGAAUGCGCUAAGUCAUGCGACCACGCAACACGAGUGCUUCGCCGGUCUGGUGCGGGAGCAGGAAGGAUUGCCACUUACGAGUGGUCUCAACGACACCGAAAGACUAAGCUUAGCCAUGACCGUGCGCUGGCCCCACGGCAUCACGUGCCCCCGGACGCUCAUUCCGGGCCUGGAGCAGCCGGUGCUAUCCAUCCUGCGGAAGGCGGAGACGCCGACGAUUUCCGCAGAUUUGACACUGCCGAUGCCGGGCUACCACGUUUUUGCGUACGACAACAAUCAGAUCGAAGCUGUUACGUCGUUAGAGGCCUCCGAGGUCGCCUUAUCGGCCACGUCUCUGGAAGGCGAUCUCGUGAGCGUCGACACCGCAGCUCCCGUGGUAUUGCAUGUGACCUCGCCGAACAAAGAUGACGUGUACGGCGACAAGGCGCUCAUCACGCUCUAUGUCACGUUCUCGGCGCCCGUCGUGAUCACGGGCCACAAAGUCGUCGGCGAGUUGCAACUAGCCUUGACGACGGGGACGGGCCCUGCCUACUACGUCCGAGGGAAUGGUACCGCAGUGCUCGAAUUUGAAUACAACGUCGAGUACGGCGAUACGACGACCGGUUCUUUGGAUUACGCCGCGGAUACAGAAAAACUGAAAGCUUUGACUUUCUACGAGACGGGCAUACCAGAAACGCAGGAAGCGAAGGCCAACGAGAACGUCGCGUGCAACCUGCGGGGGAGGCAGUGCGAGUUCGUCGCGCAAGGUGGUACUAUUGGCGAUAGCGGUCCGGACGGCGGCACGUCCCAUUCUCUGUAUAUUAAUCAAACUGAAUCUUUGAUAAUAACGCAGAAGGUCGUGCCCAUCUAUCCCAGCGGCGUGUAUCGGAGGUUAUUAGCGGGCGCGGACGUCGGCGAGGCGCGGGCGUCGGGCGUGCUUGCGGAACUCAAUCUGCCGGCACCGGGACCUCGGAAGACGGUGGCCGACUAUGGCAGUCUAGUCGGCCAAGGGAGGCAAAUCAUCAUCUCCGCCGUGUCGCUUAAAGUAUUAGAGGUCUUCGCGGCGAACGGGACUUAUGGCGUCGGGUCGCAGAUCCACAUUGGCGUGCGGUUCGAGCGGCCGGUGAACGCCACAGGAGUCUCUUAUCUAUUGUUGCAUCUCGAUUCCGCGUUAGACGAGCCCGCCAAGGCGACGUUGGAUCAAUCCAAGCCGUAUGAGUUAAGUGAGGUACUAUGGUACGUCUACAUCGUCCGAGCCGGCGACGCCACCGACUCGCUGACCUAUGUCGCCGCUGACAGUUUGGACGCGACGGAGGGCGCCAUCGUUUCGAUAGGAGGCGGCUGCCCGGUCACGAUGGAGUACUGCCCCGUCGACACCGGUUUGGCCGGCGUGGCCGCGCCUACGACGCUCCCGCACCCCGGCAUGCCCGGUUCGUUGUCAGUGACCUCUCAGGUCAUCAUAAACACGGAUCCGACGGAGGCCGUCGCCGUGUCGUUGGCCGAAGGUUUGAGGAGAUCUAGUUACGUGUACGCGCCGGGCGCUUCUGUUCCAAUCACGCUCACGACGUCGAACCCCGUACGAAGGGACAUGGCGGCCAAGAUGUACGGCGGCUUCAUCGACGUGGGCGGCUUCACCGAUCAUAUCGAAAGGCGCGCUUCGUUCUCCGAGGGAGAGACGACUCAAGUUUUAUCAUUCGAUCUGUCAAUCCCACACGGCUGCUCGUCCCAACUCCUGAAGCACGCCGGGGCCGAGGGCGCCCUCCAUCUCGGCGGAGGCGCCUUCCUGGCGGACGGCGCGUCGAACCUCGCGACGGUGCGCGCGGAAGCGCGGCUGCCGUGCCCGAGCGCGCUGGACUCUUUGGCGUCGCAGAACGCGUCCGUCGACGCCACGCCGCCGCGCGUCGUGUCCGUACGAGCCGCGUCGUCGUCCUCCUCGUCCGACGCGCAAGUUUUGGCGAGGAACGCCUCCGCUUAUCUGGUGGUCGAGUUCGAUCGGCCUGUCGUGGUGUUCGACCGGUUACCGUCAUCAGACUCAAAACCCAUCUGCGAGACCUGCGACCAGAGCGGGGCGUACGUCGUGGCGGGCACGGCGUCGCCCGACGUCCUAAGAAAUCCGGGGCGGCAGGGGUACUGGUACCCGCUCUACCUCGACAAAGACGCCGCUAUCAAAGAGUUCGGCGCGCGUAUCAUCGAGAUCACGUUCAUCCAGAUCCCCCAGGUCGUGUUUUAUGGACCGGCCGAGAACCCCGAGGCGAGACGAAGGUUAAUGUGCGCGCCGGAGUUUGGGUGGUGCAAUAACCCGCUGACGCCGCGGGUCGAGAUGCUGAGCGCAGGGCUGUAUAACUGGACGGAAGAGGUGGUGGUAGAGGAAGAAGAUAAUUACACAUACUACGAGGGCGGCGCGUACCCCGGCCAGGUUCUCGUAAAAGACUAUCCGCUCUUUGCCGACCUCAUUGAUGCGUCUGAACGCUCUAGAGAUAUGGUCGACGACGGCCUGCCGGCGCUACGCAUGGACCUGAGACAGGGCAAGGCCGAGGCGAGGUACGCGGGCGGCUCUGGAACGCAUAUCAUCUCCAUGGUGUAUGCAGUAGCCCCUGCGGACGAGACGUCGGCCUUCGAGUUUAGCGGCACCGAUGCUUUGAAAGGUUUAAUUUACCGACCGGGCCGGGCCUGGACGUCCAUUGUCAAAGACGAGGACGACGCGUCGCAAUUUAUCAAGGCUGAUUUAACGGUACCCAGAAGAGGAGGCCCCGGGGCCAUUGGUGGAGAUGAACUGCAACCACCCAUGGUUAUUUAUACCGCGCCAGCCCCUUCAUACUUCGCGACGUGCUCGAACGCCGGCGCUUACGGUUUGGGGCUGGGCCAGGUGUUGGAUAUCCGGCUCAUUUUUACGGCUAGAGUGUGGGCCGGCUCGGACUACUACGAGGCCAUGGAUAACGGCGACGCGAAUGACUGGGGCCGGCCCCAACUCGAGAUCUGGGAGACGCGACGACUGGACGAGCGACGCCGCUUGCAGGACGUGGGCACGUGUAAUGACGACGGCACGAGUUACUUCUACGCCGAAUCCGUCGAUAGGGUCUUACCCUCCGAUAGGACCUCAGCAGCUAGAUCAGUCAGCACGAACCACUGCCCGAACCACGCCUGGACGUCAUUAAAUGGCUUCAAGCCCCGCAUGAAGUCUACACGAUAUGUUUUCGCGGGCUACCCUAUGCUCAGUACCUUCGAUCCCAUCUAUCUUAACAGGGAGGGCGCCAUCGGCGUUUUGUUUUCGGGAGCGAUGGUCUACUCCGACUACGUCAAUGACGAGGUCGGACCUGCUACCGAAUACGUGAAGUCGGCGGCUUACUUGCUGGGUGAUUCUUUUGAUGAGUGCGGGUGUCUGGCCGAUUCUAAGACGGAACCGAGCUACGGCUGCCACAUUCCUCCCUCGUGUUUAUUGAAGCAGCUCGGCCAGACCGGCGAAGCCCAUUCGCCGCAGAUCGGCUGGGUGAUCGAUGGGUUUCCGUUAUACGGUCCGCGGGGCCCGAACGGCCAGUACAUGCGGUCGUGCAACGCCACGGGCGGCACGAUCGGCGUCGACGUGUGCCUGGACGAGUGCAAUGGCUACUACGGCACGAUCCCCGAGGACAAGUACCGGUAUAGGUACUAUAGUACGGGCACGUACCACGAAGCGAACGGCGACAACGCCUGCGAGGCGCCGCCGCCCAAGCAGCGCGACGCCUACUUCCCGUUCAUGCCGCCCUGCAUCAAGGGGUGCGUGCCUCUGUCGCUAGAUGCGGCGGGCUUCACGUCGUCUCUAACGCAGCCGACGCCCGUGUGUCUGGCCGACGCGGAACCGGGCUACGAGCCGGAUUUAAUUCCGGUCGAAUCCCCAAGCUUAAAAGUGGACACCGGGUAUUGUACCUCUGGAAUUGGUGGCAUCGAGUACAUCCCACCGCUACCGCCACCUCCUCUAAGCCCGAAGCAAGCGACGGACCUCUGGGAGGCGACGAUCGAAGCCUCGAAAAAGCUAGAUACGCCCCGCCUCUUACUCACGACGGGCGAGUACGCCUACUACCUCGAAUCCACAGAAGGCAUGUUGAGAUUUGGCUACCGCGUGCCGUCGGCGUGGGACGGCGGCCAGAUCGAUAUCCAGCCCGAGAGCCCCCAAUCUUUGGAGUUGAGGGACUGGGUCGUCGUCAGCGAGACGGGCAUUUUAGCUGUGAGUGAAUUGGCGGAAGAUAUGCCUAUAUAUUUUGAUGUAUUAGGGGCGUGCGUCGACGGCGCCUUCGCGCUGGAACCGCCGUCCGCCAAGCCGGCGGGGACGCCCCUACCUUUGGCCGACGAGCCCUUCGGUCUUUCAUUAGAACUGGACCUGCGGCCGGCCGCCGUCGUGAACGUGACGCUGCUACGACCGUCGACGUGGUGCACGGAGCUGCGAACGGCGACGCCGACCUGCGGCGCGGGCGAGGUCCUGGAUAUCCUGAUCGCCUUCGAUGCGCCCGUGGCUUUGAACAACCCCGAGGAGGCGCACUUGUUACUGAAUUCCGGGUCAUGUUACGUACCUCGAACGGACGGUCUGGACCACCAAAAUUGUGAAGGUGGCACGGCCUACUACAAAUAUUCAAAAGACGACGAGUACGGCGCGUCCAUCUUGAGGUUCGAGUAUGUGGUGCAAGAAGGCGACACGACGGCUGCUUUAGAUGUCUUGAACGCCUCGUCGUUGCGGGGCGACUUCAAGCGCUUCGCCUCGCCCUCCUCCGUGGGCCUCGUGGACAACACGGUACCCUUAGCGGGCGCCCGGCACUCCAUGAGUCGGAUCGGACCCGUCGUGAAGAUCGACACGAUACCGCCGAAAGUAGAUGCGCUGUUUGCCCUCAAAAGAUCGGGAAUCUACGUGGCCGGCGAGACGGUACUCAUCGUGGCGCGCUUCACGUCCGCCGUCGCCGUCGACCCGUCGGCACCGCCGCCUAGGUUGAUGUUGGGCAUAUCUCGAAGAGACAAGUCAGACGCCUACGCGGACGUGUUGAAUGGUACGAGGGCAGAACAGCCUUUUGAUCUUGUCGAAAGCAUCACGAAUUAUGAUUUACCUUUCCGGGCGACGGUCUACGAUCUCGUGUUCUCGUAUACGGUCCAGCCGGGCGACGUCGGCAAUCUGGCGCACUCCGGAAGAGGCGCGUUGCACGUCGAAGUGAGUCCCUUCCACCUGGUGAAUGGCACGAUCGAAGUGAACAAGACCGACGCCCAAAACCAAACGUAUCUGGGGCGGCAGCAGGCCUGGCUCGAAAGAGCAGCGGUUUGCGCCGACGCGGGCAGGUUCGGAUCCAUCCGACGGGCGACGAACGGCGCCAUGCUCACGGCGGCCGAUACGCGACUGCGGGGCGCGCACGAUUUAGAAGCGCAGCUAGGUGCCCACGGAACGGUCCGCAUCGACCGCCAGUGGCGGUCCGCGGACCGGUUCCCGACGAAGGUCGAACUAGUUGUGCGCGGUUUGGCCCACCCCCACGCGGCCGAUUUGGAUAUCCAAUUGAUGCACGGGAACGUGUCUAUCAACGUGUUCCGGGAGAGCGGUGGUUCCAGAGCAUUAGGUCGUGGCGAGUCGCCGCGCUUGCCGAGACCCGCGGUUGCCGGUGCUAUGAGACCGGACCCUCAAUCCUCGGAAGCACGAGCGAAAGACACCGCAAGAGCGCGGUGGGGCGACGAGCGCGGCGCCGACUACGUCUUCUCGGACCUAGCGUUAGAUGUCCGAGCGAGGAACAACCUCGCGCCCUUCGCGCGGGCGACGCAAUCCUCCACGGACCAUGGGGGCGACGCCCACAAAGCCAUCGAUGGGAACACGGACCCGUACUUCACGCACGGGUCCGUGACACAUACGGCGGCCCAACCAACAUAUGUCGUGGAGAACGAUGAGCUGGUCGCCGCGCCGCCGCCCUUCUUCGAGCUCAGGUGGCCUAGAGAUACGAUUCAAGAGAUAGGCACAAUUAAAUUAUGGAACCGGCAAGAGCUCCAAGCGGUGUCCGAGGUGCAAUCGUUGACCUUGGAGGCCUUUGGGCUGUACCCCGAAGGUAGUUUCAAGGUAUUACUGGACCUAGGAGCGGCGGGCUUACAGGACAAGGCGAAGAAGCACCCCGGUAUACUAGCGAACCUCAACGCGACACUACCCAUGUGGCGCGCAUCUGCUUUCAUCCCCUGCGGCGCGCCGGCGAGUGUCGCGGACGAGACCGAGUUCACGACUGGUACGAGCAUGCAGGCCAUCCUGCAAUCGAGUUUCCCGGAACUAGGACGCGUGACCGUCACGAGGUAUGCCGCAGAAGAGCCGUCGAAGAAGGGCCACACGUAUUUAGUUACUUUCCAGGACUACCCCGGGGACUUACCUUUACUGAGGAUGGACGCGACGAACGCCACGGGUCUGGUGAUUGUGACCGAUGUGGAUGAGGUGCGCAAGGGCUCGCCGGGGCGGUGGUACGCGUACGACGAAGCUCUAGACGAGGAACCCGACCUGCGGGCCGGGUUUUCUUCGAAGCUCUUCCCGUGCUGGGUCAUGUUAUUUGAUAGCACGGCAUUACCGGACGAUAGAGAUAUUCCUGGUCGCAUCGAGGAUGCGGUCAGUAUGGCUUCAUUCUCGGUCCUCGUGGACAAUGUCGAUGCGUACGAAACAACAGUCGACGUGGACCCGCGGCGCUUCCGCGGCGGCAAAGGUCCUUUGACAGACAUCGUGGCGUUGCGGGUGCAGGUCGCCGAUACGAAGCCGGGGGCGGUGUUGAGUCUGGCCGAGGUGCAAGUCUUUGCGAACCGAAGCCAUACUAUAAAUAGUUUCCAGGGUGGUGGUGUGGUAGCAGCUCGCCCUUGGACGGCGCCCUACCAAGCUUCCGUGUCGAUGUCUUCUUAUUUUAUGGAGACGUUGGUAGCAGGUAGGUGGUUGUUAACAGUAAAGGACACUUCUAGUCAUAAAUGGCGCCGCGAGCAGACCAUACAAACGGCUGUCGGUCACACGGAGCUGCCGGCUCAAGAUCGAUCCGGCGUGCCGAACGACGUCGAGGAAAGCGGUCCUGGCCAGCUCGCGGACUGGGUCCUACUAUUGACUGACGAAGCCGGUGUCGUCACCGCGCAUUAUAUGGACAUAACCGCUACCGUGACCCAUCUGCCAAAGUACGGCCACCUCUACGCGGACGCGCGUUCCUUAGGCUCGGGCAACGCCUGGGAUGCGAUAAGCGUCGGUCGCAGCGCGGCCACGAUCAACACAUGGCGCACUGGAGAUGGAAGACAUUCACAAUUACAUACUGCUUCGAGAUUCGAUGCCGAACUACUGAAACGGACGGAGACGGGAAAUAGACCUUUGGGCCAGUGUUAUGGGUUAGAUACUACUUCCUUCAACGGCGUGGCGUCGGGCGUCGACGGGUAUCGGUACUGCAAGGAGAACUAUGGCGUGGGCAACGCGGCCGUGGCUUAUAGACGUAGAAACGAAGGUGAUGUCGCGAUCAAGAAUAGACUGAGGAGGCACAAGGUCGUCUACUACCACCCCUUGAAGGGUUACGAGGGCGUCGACGCCUUCGACUAUUCGGUGCGACUCGGGACGUACGAAAGCAAAGCGGCGACGGUGGGCGUCCAUGUCAGAAAAUGUCGGAAGUUCGAGUUCAACAAGAAGAACAAACCUCCGUUUGCGACGAGCCCCCUGUGUAGCUGCGUCUCGAAUCUCACGUGGGCUUUUGGGCAUGCGACAGAGUGCCCGGUCGCGGUGCGGGACGUCUGCGCCGACGCGCGGAUGCGGUCGUCGUUCACGCCGCUCUGCGACGCGUGUGAUUUUGGCUUCGGGAUGGACACGACGGCCUGCCGCUUGCAUACAGAUCGGGCGGCGACGACGGUGGAAGGGCUGGGCUUGUGCGGAGAAAUCGCGCCGCCCGACUGCCGGUCCGAGGGCAUCUCGAAGGACGCGCCGGAGUCGUACGUCUGGUGGCCGACGCGGAACUUCCUGACGCCGGACGCCGAGGCCAUCGCGCCGCCCGGGUCGCGGGCGGCACACGUCGGGGCUGGCUUCGCGGUCGCGGCGCCGCGGUUGUUGGAGUAG